AUGGGUCUUCACCUGGAAGAGCUCUAUGGCAAAGAUCUAAGUGAGGAACCUCCACAGGAGUACUCUGAAUAUCAACCCAAGCACGGUUAUGGCUGGGCCAAUACGCUACCGGAACGGCAGGGUCUCUACGACCCGGAAUACGAAAAAGAUGCCUGUGGUGUAGGCUUCGCAGCUCACAUCAAGGGGAAAGCAAGCCACAAGAUUGUGAGCGAUGCUCGCAAUCUCCUGUGUAACAUGACUCAUCGUGGAGCUGUGGGCUCUGACGCACGAGACGGCGAUGGUGCUGGUGUGAUGACUAGCAUCCCCCACAAGUUCUUCGUGAAGAAUUUCGCUCGUGAGGUCGGAGUGGAACUCCCGCCAUUGGGACAGUAUGCAGUCGGCAAUCUGUUCUUCAAACCCGACCAAGAAGCCCUCAAACAGUCCAUACAGAGCUUUGAGGAACUGGCUACAUCUCUCGGUCUGCGCACUCUCGGGUGGCGUGAAGUACCCCGAGAUUCAACUAUCUUGGGCCCGGCCGCUCUCUCACGAGAGCCCAUCAUCAUGCAGCCGUUUGUCGUCUUGCAAUCGGCAUAUGGCGACGGAAGCAAACCCGAGAUCACUGACACUGAUCAGUUUGAUGAACGAACCUUUGAGCUCCAGCUCUACGUGCUCCGGAAGCGCGCCACUCACGUUAUUGGCCUCGGGAACUGGUUUUACCUGUGCUCACUGAGCAACCGAAACAUCAUCUAUAAGGGCCAACUCUCCCCGGUCCAAGUGUACACAUACUACCAUGAUCUAGUCAACGUGGAUUACGAGGGCCACUUUGCCCUGGUGCAUUCGCGAUUCUCCACCAACACUUUCCCCUCCUGGGACCGUGCCCAGCCGCUGCGGUGGGCUGCCCAUAACGGUGAGAUCAACACCUUGCGCGGGAACAAAAACUGGAUGCGUGCACGAGAGGGCGUUCUCCGAUCAGAAGUUUUCGGGGAUGAACUUGACCAACUUUACCCCAUCAUUGAGGAUGGCGGCUCGGACUCGGCCGCAUUCGAUAAUGUGUUGGAACUACUCAUGAUCAACGGCGUUUUAUCUCUCCCAGAAGCCGUCAUGAUCAUGAUUCCAGAGGCCUGGCAAGAUAAUCCAGCCAUGGAUCCCGCCAAGUCGGCGUUCUACGAGUGGGCUGCCUGUCAGAUGGAACCCUGGGAUGGCCCAGCACUCUUCACUUUCUCCGACGGACGCUACUGCGGUGCUAACCUCGACCGCAAUGGACUGCGUCCUUGUCGUUUCUACGUUAUGGACGACGAUCGUAUCGUGUGUGCCUCGGAAGUUGGUGCCAUCGAUAUUGACCCGGAGAGAGUUGUGCAGAAGGGUCGCCUACAGCCCGGAAAGAUGCUGCUGGUUGAUACUGUAGCUGGACGUAUCAUUGACGAUGCCGAGCUCAAACAAACCGUUAGUCGCCGUCAGGACUUCGCUGGCUGGCUGGACAAAGAACUUCUCAAACUCCCCGCUAUCAACAAGAUGCUUCUUGGCUCUAAUGUCGAUCUUUCGUUCGCCUUGGAUAACAAUACGAUCCAAAACGAUCCUCGCCUGAGGGCGUUUGGAUAUUCUUUCGAGCAAGUUAGUUUGAUUCUCGGCCCAAUGGCUGCAGACUCAAAGGAAGCUCUCGGCUCCAUGGGCAACGACGCACCCUUGGCUUGUAUUUCUCCACAGCCCCGUCUGCUAUACGAGUACUUCCGCCAGCUCUUUGCUCAAGUCACCAACCCGCCCAUUGACCCAAUCCGAGAGGCCGUGGUCAUGUCGCUCGAAUGCUACGUCGGUCCUCAGGGCAAUCUACUGGAAAUGGAGUCUUCGCAAUGCCACCGUCUACUUCUACCCUCUCCUAUCCUGACCAUCUCGGAGUUCAAUGCUUUGAAGAAUGUCAACAUGGCUCACAGAGAUUGGACCGUGUGUACCAUCGACAUCACGUUUGAAAGGAGCAAGGGCACUGCCGGUUAUAUCGACGCAUUGGACAGUAUCUGUGAUGCUGCCACAGGGGCCAUUCAGAACGGUGACAAAGUCAUCAUUCUAUCUGAUCGUGCGACAUCUGCAGGUCGUGUUCCCGUAUCUGCCUUGUUGGCCACGGGUCUGGUUCACCACCACCUCGUUCGCAACAAGUGGAGAUCACUUGCCGCCUUAGCGGUGGAAACCGCCGAAGCUCGUGAGGUUCACCAUCACUGUGUUCUGCUGGGAUACGGAGCCGAUGCUAUUAAUCCUUAUCUUGCACUGGAAUGUAUUCUCAAGAUGAACCGCGAGAACUUGAUCCGCAAGGACACACCUGACGAGAAGGUCAUUCAGAAUUACAAAUCGUCUUGCGACGGUGGUAUUCUUAAGGUCAUGAGUAAGAUGGGUAUCUCUACUCUCCAAUCCUACAAGGGCGCUCAGAUCUUCGAGGCCCUCGGUAUUGAUGACAGCGUCAUUGACCGCUGCUUUACUGGCACUGCUAGUCGUAUCCGUGGUAUCACAUUUGAUCUGAUUGCCCAGGAUGCUUUCGCAUUCCACGAGCGCGGAUUCCCCUCCCGCCCAAUCGUUGAGGUCCCUGGUCUCCCGGAAUCUGGUGAAUAUCACUGGCGUGAUGGGGGUGAAGCCCACAUCAACGACCCCACAAGCAUUGCCAACGUCCAGGAUGCCGUUCGCACCAAGAAUGACAAGUCAUAUGAAGCCUACGCCAAGUCUGCACACGAGCAGAUCAAGAAUUGCACCUUGCGUGGUAUGCUCGACUUCGACUUUGAGCAGCGAACGCCUAUUCCCAUCGACCAGGUGGAGCCCUGGACCGAGAUUGUCCGCCGUUUCGUAACUGGAGCCAUGUCUUACGGGUCUAUCUCUAUGGAAUCUCACUCUACACUGGCUAUCGCCAUGAACCGCCUUGGAGGAAAGUCCAACACGGGUGAGGGUGGCGAGGAUGCCGAGCGCAGUAAGAUGAUGGAGAAUGGCGACACAAUGCGUUCCUCCAUCAAGCAGAUUGCCUCUGGCCGCUUUGGUGUCACAUCAAACUACCUUGCUGACGCGGAUGAGCUCCAAAUCAAAAUGGCCCAGGGUGCAAAGCCUGGUGAGGGCGGUGAGCUCCCCGGACACAAGGUUGUUGGUCCCAUUGCUCGCACUCGAUUCUCUACCCCGGGUGUCGGACUCAUCUCCCCACCUCCCCAUCACGACAUUUACUCGAUUGAAGACCUUAAACAACUUAUCUACGACUUGAAAUGCUCCAAUCCCCGCGCCCGCGUCUCUGUCAAGCUUGUCUCGGAGGUAGGCGUUGGAAUUGUUGCUUCUGGUGUAGCCAAGGCAAAAGCUGAUCAUAUCUUGAUCUCUGGCCAUGAUGGUGGUACCGGUGCCUCGCGAUGGACUGGCAUCAAAUACGCCGGUCUUCCAUGGGAGCUAGGUCUUGCUGAAACUCACCAGACUCUUGUUCUGAACGAUUUGCGUGGCCGAGUUGUCGUUCAGACUGAUGGCCAAAUCCGCACCGGUCGUGACUUAGCCAUUGCUUGCCUCCUUGGUGCUGAGGAAUACGGCUUUGCAACCACUCCUUUGAUCGCAUUGGGCUGUAUUAUGAUGCGUAAAUGCCAUUUGAACACUUGUCCGGUCGGUAUUGCAACUCAGGACCCGGAGUUGAGGAAGAAGUUCCAGGGCACGCCAGAGCACGUGAUCAACUUUUUCUAUUACGUCGCCAACGAGAUGCGGGCAAUCAUGGCAAAGCUGGGUGUUCGUUCGGUCAAUGAGAUGGUUGGUCGUGCCGAGCUGCUCAAGGUUCGGGAUGACCUUCGGACUGAGAAGCAGGAGCGCAUUGACUUGUCACUGAUUCUGACUCCUGCUCAUUCACUUCGUCCUGGAGUCGCUACCUACAACGUUCGCAAGCAAGACCACCGCCUCCACGUCCGCCUAGACAACAAAUUAAUUGCUGAAUCGGAGCUUGCGCUGGAGAAGGGGCUGCCCUGCCGAAUCGAAUGCGAUGUGGUCAACACUGACCGCGCCAUGGGUGCAACUCUCUCUUACCAGAUCAGCAGACGUUACGGUGAAGCUGGCUUGCCACAGGACACCGUUCACGCCAAUAUUAAGGGAUCUGCUGGUCAGUCAUUUGGUGCCUACCUUGCCCCCGGUGUGACUCUCGAGUUGGAGGGUGAUGCCAACGAUUACGUCGGCAAGGGUCUCUCGGGUGGUCGUCUCAUCGUGUACCCCCCACGGGGAGCCGCUUUCAAGGCCGAAGAGAAUGUCAUUGUUGGUAACACCUGUCUCUACGGCGCCACGCGUGGAGCUUGCUACUUCCGGGGUAUGGCUGCUGAGCGUUUUGCCGUCCGUAACUCCGGUGCCACGGUUGUCGUCGAGGGUGUUGGCGACCACGGAUGUGAGUACAUGACCGGUGGUCGUGUCCUUGUUCUGGGUCCAACUGGCCGAAACUUUGCUGCGGGUAUGUCUGGUGGUAUUGCCUAUAUCCUCGACAAGAACCAAGACUUCCAUUCCAAGGUCAACCUGGAGAUGGUCGAGGUGUCUGGCAUUGAAGACCCAUCUGAAAUUGCCUUUGUUCGUGGCCUGAUCGAGGAUCAUCAUCAUUACACCGGCUCUGAACUAGCAGCUCGCAUUUUGCUUGAUUUCACUCGUGCUCUCCCUCACUUUGUCAAGGUCUUACCUAUUGACUACAAGCGUGUGAUGGAAGAGGAGGCCGCUAAGGCCCAAGCUGCCAAGAAGGCCGAGUUCUCUUUGCCUCAUCUUCCUAGCACCCCCGUGAAGACCGAGAAGCCGAAGGUCGAUGAUUCCCAGAAAGCCGACUUACUCGACAUCGAAGACAGUAUCAGCGACUCCAAGACUGAGAAGAAGCGAUCAGCACUGAUCCUGGAUAAGACCAGAGGCUUUAUGAAAUACAACCGCCGCAACGAAAAGUACCGCAAUGCCACUACCCGUACUCGUGAUUGGGGUGAGAUUUCCAACCGUUUGAGCGAGGAUGAGCUUAAGUAUCAAUCUGCCCGCUGUAUGGACUGCGGUGUGCCAUUCUGUCAAUCUGACACUGGCUGCCCUAUCUCCAACAUCAUUCCUAAGUGGAACGAGUUGGUCUUUAGGGACCAGUGGCAGGAUGCUCUCAACCGCCUUCUCAUGACCAACAAUUUCCCAGAGUUCACUGGCCGUGUCUGCCCUGCUCCUUGCGAAGGAGCUUGUGUUUUGGGAAUUAAUGAGGACCCAGUAGGCAUCAAGUCUAUCGAGUGUGCGAUAAUUGAUCGUGGAUUCGAGAUGGGCUGGAUGACUCCUAAGCCUCCCCAGACCCGCUCUGGAAAGACCAUUGCUGUCAUCGGAUCCGGUCCUGCUGGGAUGGCUGCCGCUGAUCAGCUCAACCGCGCUGGUCAUAGCGUCACCAUUUACGAGCGUGCUGAUCGUAUUGGUGGUCUUCUUAUGUAUGGCAUUCCCAACAUGAAGCUUGACAAGAAGAUUGUACAGCGCCGUGUUGACCUCAUGGCCGCCGAGGGAAUCAAUUUUGUCACCGGGACAGCCGUUGGUCCUGACUCCGAGGUGACCCUUCAAUCACUUCGUUCGACAAAUGACACUGUCAUCAUCGCCACCGGUGCUACUGUCGCUCGAGACCUUAAGGUCACUGGUCGUGAGCUGGAUGGAGUGCACUUUGCCAUGCAGUUCCUGCACAAGAACACGAAGUCUCUUCUAGACUCUGGUCUCUCGGAUGGUGAAUACAUCUCUGCAAAGGGCAAGCACGUCGUAGUAAUUGGUGGCGGUGAUACUGGAAACGACUGCAUUGGUACCUCCGUUCGCCAUGGGGCUAAAUCAGUGACCAACUUCGAGCUGCUUCCCCAGCCACCCCCUGAGCGUGCUGGAGACAACCCAUGGCCCCAGUGGCCCCGCGUUUACCGCAUCGACUACGGUCACACUGAAGUGAAGACUCACAUGGGCAAAGACCCACGUGAGUACUGCGUCAUGUCAACCGAGUUUGUUGACGAUGGAAGCGGUCGCGUGAAAGGCAUCAAUACCGUGCGCGUUGAGUGGACUAAGAGUGCCACCGGUGGUUGGGAUAUGAAGACUGUCGAUGGCAGCGAGCAAUUCUUCCCCGCAGACCUUGUUCUCCUCUCCAUGGGCUUCCUGGGUCCAGAGGACCGUCUUCUGGGUGAAGAAAUCGAGCGUGAUCCCCGCAAGAAUGUGAAGACUCCUCCAGGUCACUACUCGACCAACAUUCCCGGGGUCUACGCAGCAGGUGACUGUCGCCGUGGACAAUCAUUGAUCGUCUGGGGUAUCAACGAGGGACGCCAGUGCGCCCGCGAGGUCGAUGCCUUCCUCAGCGGCACCAGCUCCCAGCUCCCAGUCACUGGCGGUAUCGUCCGUCGUCCCGCCAUUGACGCUGUGCCCCGGCCUACGGAGGUUACUGCUUAA